AUGGAUUUUGUUAGUAGGUUGUCUUUAACACUCAAUAAGAAAGAUUCAGUGUGGGUCAUCAUAGAUCGAUGGACUAAGUAUGCACACUUCAUCUCAGUUAAGACAAAUUAUUCCUUGCAGAAUCUGAUGAAGCUCUAUAUUUCUGAGAUAGUGAGACUUCAUAGGGUACCAAUUUUGAUCAUCUCUGAUAGGGAUCCUCGUUUCAUGUCUCAGUUUUGGAAAAAAAUGCAUGAGACUCUGGGUUCAAGGUUGAACUUCAGUACUGCAUUCUAUCCUCAGACUGAUGAGGAUAAGGUUAGAUUGAUUUGGGAUAGUUUGAAAGUGACAUUUGACAGGCAGAAAUCUUAUACGAAUUUGAAGAGGCGUGAGAUUGGGUAUUCUGUGGGGGACUUCGUUUCUUUCAAGGUCUCACCAUGGAAGAAGUUGGAGCUACCUCUGGUAUUGGAUCCUAUCCAUGAUGUGUUUCAUAUCUCUAUCUUGAGGUGUUACCAUUCUGAUCCUACUCAUAUUGUCCUUGUUGAGGAGAUUGAGGUUGGGCCAGACUUAACCUUUGAGGAGGAGGCUGUCCAGAUUCUGGAUCGUGACGUAAAGGUUCUAAGGAGGAAGUCUAUUCCUUUGGUGAAGGUUCUGGAGGCUUAA